UUCGCGGGAAAUGUGUGAAAUGAGUUUGCUGCCCUCUAGUGUCUGUGGCGCAGUGGCGCUGUAGUAGUUCUGCUUCCGCCAUCCAGCUCAUCUUGGAGCUGUGCUCCGAGGCUAUCAACAAUGAUAUUUAUACUUAUUUUAAUUUAUUGUACGUCUUUGGGUACCGGUUUUGAGAUGAAGUCUAUUUUUUGUUCAAUAUCUGACAGCUGCGACUGUGACUUCAAAGCAGACAUAAAAGGUUUAGAGUGGGACCUUUAUAAAAAUCUUUAUGGUCAACAUAUGGCUCAGGAUAUUGUCUCGGAAGCAGUAGUGAAUUUUUUACAGAAUGAAAACCCCGACAGAUCACUAGUGCUGUCAUUCCAUGGAGCUUCUGGGACUGGAAAAAGUCUGGUCAGCUCUAUGAUGGGACGACACAUCUACGAAACAGCUAUGGGCAGUCCAUACAUCCAUCAGUUUGUUCCCACUUUACACUUUACAUCAGCUGACAGGGUGCAACAAUACAGGUCAGAUCUAAAACGCUGGGUCGAGGGAAACCUCACAGCUUGUGCUCGCUCAAUCUUCAUCUUUGAUGAGAUGGAGAAAAUGCCUCCUGGUGUGAUUGAUGUUUUAGAACCGCAUUUAGGCACCUUUCAUGUUCUGUUCCAGACUAACUACCGUAAAGCGAUUUAUAUAUUUAUCAGUACUAUAGGUCAGGAGGUAAUUAACAAAGUUGCACUGGAGAGCCGUCAGGCAGGUAGAGAUCGAGAGGACAUUCUCCCUAAAGAGCUGGAGGACAGUAUUGCUGAUGCAGUGUACAACAACAAGAACAGUGGGUUCUACCACUCCAGAAUAAUUACAGAAAAGCUUAUCACCCGUUUUGUGCCUUUUCUUCCCUUGCUGCGGCGUCACGUGGAGCGCUGUGCCCAGCGGGAGCUCUGCCAGCGUGGGGAGUGUCAGCGUGCAGAUGUGGCUUCGUCGGUAGGGGGCGCCAUGACUUACACACCGAACGACAGACAAUAUUUCUCCAGCACUGGCUGCAAAUUAGUACCGGCAAAAGUUAACCUGUUCCUUUGAGGGUCAAAGUAAAAUCCCUUAAGGAUCUUGACAGCAACUCAGAAUUCUUUGGGUGAAGGAACUACAGAGUGAAGCUACCUGAAUUUGGAAUUUGGGGACGUUUGUAUGUUUCAUCCAUAUGGAUGAGUUCUGAUGAAGAAUGAGCAGGAUGCAAUAAAUAUUGCUAGCUCUGGCUUUGCUGGUUUUAAUUAAGCAGGAAUAAUAAGCCUGUUGCUAGUUUAUAAAAAGGACAGAUUCAAAGAGCCGGCCUCCGUUCUCUGGGCCACUGAAACAACCUACAACACCCUCAGUUUCAGUGUGCAGAUAACUACAAAUCUCAGAACUUUAAUUAUUAUUUAUUUUAUCAUGGGAUAUUAAUUUAAAAAUGCUGUAUUUUUGAUGCCGACCACAGGGUGGCAGCAGUGCCUACUUUAAUUUUUUUUUUUUUGUCCAACAAUACUUUUUUUCCAUUUUUAAAAAUCAUUGAAUAUGUAAAUGAUGCAUAACAGCCUUCUUUUAGUAUUUAAAUAGUGACUCUUUUUAAAGCAGACAAAUCGGUAAGUUUCUGCAGCUCUCUCAGUACAGCGUAAAUAAAGAUGUCUUAAAGCAACAGUUCACCCAAAAUGGUAAUUCUGUCAACAUUUGCUCACCCUCAUGUCAUUCCAGAUGAAAAAGAAUAUAUUUUGAUAAGUGCCUUUUUUGUUACCAAAAUUCUUUUUUUUUUCUCCAGCAGGAAGUCAUGCAGGUUUUGAACAACAUGAGGGAGAGUAAAUGAUGUUAAUAUAUAAUUUUCAUAAUUUUCAUUUUUGAGUGAACCUUACGAAAAUAAAAUCAGUGAAAAUAUUUUGUGGUACCACAUCAAAGUUAAGAAAUAAUUGAAUACAUAAUUCUGUUUUCUUUUCUUAAUGCUAUAUUCUUACCUUUUUUUCUUUGACCAUCCUAUACAAACUCUAAAAUGGUUAGAACAAACAUUCAGUUCCUUUAUUUAAUUUAAAACACUAAAGGGAAAAUAAAAGAUAAUUUAUGCUUGAAGUGCCCUGAUCUAAAUAGAAAUGGAAUCUAACUGUAUCCAGUUCCAAUGUUAUUAAUUGUUAUUUACAUUGUACAGUUAUUCUGCACAUUCAUUGAGAAUAGUUUGCAAUGCAAUGUAAAUAAUGUUUUAAAGGUUAAAACAUUUUCUUCAUGCAUUUUCUUUUCACAGAUCAGCCAUAUCAAUCUUUAUUAACAGUUUUUGUAGUUUUUGUGUUUUUUUUUUUAGAUUUGAAACGUACAGUAAUUCAAAAUGAAAUGGUGCACUUAAUAACUGCACAUCAAAGGCAUGACAAUAAAAUCAAGUUUUUGUCAAAAAUCAUUUUAUUAACUUGUGUAUUUGCUCUUUGAAAUCCACACCAUCAUAUUUCACUUAUUGUCUUGUGUAUCAUGAGUUAAACUGCACUUUUCAUAUAUUUCCAACCCUAUUUAUGACCAUUCCAAGUCCCUGACUGUGUGAACACAUAACUGUUGAACAUAGACAGAAUGACACAAAGCCCCCCAACUCCCUCUGACAGCCCGUCUUUCUCCACUUACCAAAGGAUAUUAAAUGUUUCUCAGCAGGAACUGUUAGCAGGUGUUAGGUGGUCUGUUGAAGGUCUGGCGAGAAGGACACAGUGACUAUGAGCUGGACAUUAAGCCCUUUGAGACCAUGUUGAAUUUUAGUGGAUAAGCUCUCAAAGCUUUCCCAACCAUUUCACAUUCACACAAAGCACUAAUACCCACUUUGAUGACUGCAUCUGUCUCAUCCCAGUAUUCCAAGAGGAAGUGUAGCGACGAGGCCCUCACCUUUGGUGGUGUCAAAGGAAGGAUUUUCAACUUUUACAAAAAGCAACAGGAUAAUAACAGACUGACCCACCUCCCUCCCCCCAACCUCUGCUCUUAGCUUGACCUCCGGGCUCCCGUUCACACGCUCUCCAAGGCGGCUGCCCUCGCUUCGGACACCUCUCCAUUCUGUCUUAAAUCAGAUCUAAAAAGGCACAACAUCACCCCCUCCGCUGGUCCCCCCUGGCCAGGCUACAAUGCACCCCCCAACAUCUGUGAGCGCCCCUCUGUCUCUUCAUUUUCUCCCUAACCACCCCAUUAUUGGCUGUCUUUCAUUUGUAAAUGUGGCCAUCCACAGUGCUGAUGAGGCUUUCAUCUGCAUGGCCCGGGUCAGGCCGGAGUUAGCGCUGGCUGAGGGGUGGGACGGAGGAUGCGGCAGGCCUUGUGUGGCCCACAGAUGAAAAACAAUCGGCACACUGAGCAAAGUCCUUUUGAGGUGCAUUCAGCCGAGACACUCGGCUAAACCAACUUUUGCCUCUUUCUGGCUGUGCAUCCAUUACUCGGUUGUGUUUUGUGUGGUUAUUAACAAUAUGCUUAAUUAAACAGUGAUUUAAAAUUAGAAAGUCACAACCUAAAAACAAAUGUUUGGCUCAACAACAAAAAUAAAAUUAACACAACAGUUUGCAUCAGUCUUUUUGAGUUGUCUCUUGUGAAAUUAUAUUUAACCAACAAACUGAAUUUGCAUAAAUGAGCAUAAAAAAAGUUUUCUGUUCAUUACUCCCAGAGCCAAUUAAUCAUAUCUGUUUCAGUUAAAAUCAACAGCUAGCAUAACA